CCGUGGCACUGGGCGCACGAUGAAGCUGCUGGGCAGUGGUUGAGCCUGGCACAGCCGCUGCGGGCAGUCAGCCCUCCUGCCCAGAAACGCCCCGCUCUUACCUCACCCAAAGGUGCCACGCUUGACUUUUGCCCAGGCCUGUCGAGGCAGCAGAAGCCUGGCACACCUUGUGCAGCCUGCCGUAGGCCCACGAUUGAAGCUAGUCAAACAGCUGUGCCCUCCGGCUGCACAACAGAACGGCUGAAUGUCGAUCGAGCUCUUCUUCUGAGUAAACCCAUGGAGCUUUCUAGUAGUGGCUACCUGCUGAAGUGUCUGGGAGAGAUUCAUUAUUGUGUGUUUCUGUUUAUGACAGAAUGCAAAGUCUGGCGAAAUCCUUUAAAUCUGUUCAGAGGAGCUGAAUAUAAUCGGUAUACAUGGGUAACAGGGAGAGAACCUUUGACUUACUACGAUAUGAAUCUUUCAGCACAGGACCAUCAGACAUUCUUUACAUGUGACACAGAUCAUUUACGGCCUGCAGAUGCUAUAAUGCAAAAAGCCUGGAGAGAGAGAAACCCCCAAGCCCGAAUUUCUGCAGCACAUGAAGCUUUGGAAUUGAAUGAGUGUGCUACUGCCUAUAUUCUCCUGGCUGAAGAGGAAGCAACAACAAUAGUAGAAGCAGAGAAGCUGUUCAAGCAAGCUCUGAAGGCUGGAGAGGGCUGUUACAGGCGCAGUCAGCAGUUGCAGCACCAUGGUGCCCAGUAUGAAGCCCAACACAGAAGGGACACGAAUGUGUUAGUUUAUAUUAAGAGGAGACUGGCAAUGUGUGCAAGAAAGCUGGGAAGGACCAGGGAAGCAGUGAAAAUGAUGAGAGAUUUGAUGAAGGAGUUUCCUCUGCUCAGCAUGUUCAACAUCCAUGAAAACCUACUAGAGGCUUUGUUGGAACUGCAAGCAUAUGCAGAUGUCCAGGCAGUCUUAGCAAAGUAUGAUG